AGUGAGUGUGUGUGUGUGUGUGUGUGUGUGUGUGUGUCUGUUUUACACACACAGAGCAGCAGAGAUGAGAGUGUGAAGCAGCGAGAACGAAAACCUAGAAAGAAAAGCAAAGGCAAUCAGAAAAGGGGGGGUGAGGAGGAGAAGGAGCAGGAGGAGGAGGCGAACACAGCCAGAGCAGAGUAGAAGAAGAGCAACAGAGGCAGAUAAAGUGUUGCGUGAAUGUGCUCAUGUUUAAUGGUCCUGGUGCCAAAGUCAAAAGAUGUAAUGAGCAGAUGAAGAGGCAGCACACACACCAGCAUCCUGCCGUGGAGCCUUGACACCAGGGGACAAGGAGAAAAAACACACACACUCCGAGGCAAAGAAAGACUCUCUGCAAGCGGGUCCCUCAUCAUCAUCAUCAUCAUCAUCAUGUCGUCUACCGGAUCGACCAACCACAACAAGCGGCUGGCGUCGGAGACAGACAACGCCCAGCGAGUGUUGGACAAUGAUUCGGCCCAGCACCUGAAGCUCAGGGAGAGACGCCGCUUCUUUGAGGAGGUCUACCAGCAUGACUUUGACAACUACCUGCCUUCUGCUCACCUGCAGGUCAACUGCAGGAAACCCCCGAUGGGCAGCAUCUCUUCUAUGGAGGUGAACGUGGACGUGCUGGAGCAGAUGGACCUGAUGGACAUCUCGGACCAGGAGGCCCUCGACGUGUUCCUCAACUCAGGCUCAGGAGCGGACGAGGGAGCUCUGGCAUCUCCACUUGCAGGUGAGGAAGAGGAAGAUGAGGAGGAGGAAGAGGAGGAGGAUGAAGCUGCAGAGGUGGUGUACAGGGAGCGCGCGCCUCUGAAACGACAAGACGAAGUUCACUGCAGCUCGAAGCCCCGCAUGUCCUCAACGUCCUCCGGUUCAACCGACACCAGUGUGGGGGGGGUCGACACACCGGUGAUCCAGUCGGACGAUGAGGAGGUCCACGCCGACACGCUGCUGCUGACCUCCGUCCCCCACGCCAGGGACGAAGAGACGGAGGAGGAGGACGAGGAGGGAAGAUGCCUCGCAACUGAAUCUCCAUAAAGACUGAAUUUUACUGUAAUUUAUCGGUAAAAAUAGUCUCUCUACCUUUCAACCCUUUCUUUUGAGGGAAAACCCUAGCAGGGUUGACCUAUUUGUGAUUCACUCCUGGGCGCUCUGUGGGUAAAAACUGGUUUUACUCUAUGUCAUCAAACUCUAAUAUGCAAAUAACACCAGUCAUCCCGUUGGCAUGCAGACACGUGUUCUGGCAAAGAGGAAAGAAAAAUGUUUUGGCACCUCAAGACAUUUUUUUUUUCUUCUUGAAAGCGAGUGUGCCAAAUACUCGUGUGAACCGGGACCAUUCGGGUGAAACACAGCUGAAGGAACAAAGUAAAGUCCCAUUCAGGGAGCAAACACGACUGAAAAAAGAGGGGCGAGUUCAGGCAAAGUCCGCAAAACCCCAAAAGGUCUAUUUCCAUGUGCAUGAGCAAAGUGUUUGUUUGAAUGCAUGCCUUUGCGUGGUUGUUAGUAACUGCAUUACGCAUUAUCAAUCAUGUCGAUUCGACAAAGUGUUGCAUUGCUGUAAGUAUCGAGUUAUUAGUCAGAAGAUGGAAAUGUUUGACCUUCUGGUGAGCGACAGCGUGUCUGUGUGUGUGUGUGGUAUGUGGAAUUUGUGUAUGCAGGUCGAGGGUGCGGAGGGUAAAUAUUACAGGUGUAUAACAGGUGUUCCCCUGGUCGAGUCCACGGCAAUCGUUUCAAACAACCUUUUUACAGUGUUAAAUGACGUGUACAUCUCUUUCCCACUUGACAUGCACACCUUGACAUGAAUUGAAAUAAAAACAAAAACGUUUAAAGGCC